UGACGUUGUCAUCCACUCCGCACCGAGGAAACAGGAAACCACCAGAUUUAUUUUCUUCUUUUUUUAAAAUUUCUUUUCUUUUUUGGUGUUCGAAGGAUCUUCGAUUAUGGAUAAAUUAAAAUCGGUCCUGAGCGGGGAAGAGUCCCGACGGGAGGACCGCAACAUUUUAGAGGCUGUGAACGAGGCCUCCACUUUAGGCUGGGGGACCCGCAUAAAGGGAUUCAUCGCCUGCUUUGUUGUAGGAGCCGCGUGCACAGUUUUGGGAGUGUGCAUGCUGUUUUUGCCCAGAAUUGGCCUCACUCUCUUCAUCGUCUUCUACACGUUUGGAAACGUCUGCGCCCUUUGCAGCACAAUGUUUCUGAUGGGCCCAGUGAAGCAGCUGAAGAGGAUGUGCGACAAAACCAGAGCUCUGGCCACAGCCAUCAUGCUUACUUGCCUUGUUUUAACUCUGUGUGCUGCAUUCUGGUGGAAGAACUUUGGGCUUGCUUUAUUAUUUUGCAUUUUGCAGAUCUUGUCCUUUUCCUGGUACAGUCUCUCCUACAUCCCCUGUGCCAGGGAGGCGAUCAUGAAAGGUGUGUCUAUCUGCAUUAAGUGAACCCCCCAGAUGUUUGGGGCAAAACCUGUUGGAUAAAUGUAGGAUACUAAAGACCGGGAUGGAUGAAGCUUCUCAAAACUUCCCGUUUCCAGUGGCAAAAAAAAAAAUUUACAUUGACAGAUUCCCAUUUUGUGCCUUUUGAAUCCAGCUGAUUUUUAAUUUUUUCCCUCCUCGACUCUGAUGAUCAUCUUGAAGUAAAUCUUUAUAACGGUGGCCUUUUAAUUAUUUUAUGUGUAAAUAUCUGUAAAAUAAAUAAAUAAAUAAAUACAUUAAAUCUUU